UGUUUAACAAGAGGAAAAGCUUUUUCACAACAGUUGAUAUUCCAAUCACAAGGGUUGUCUUGAAGAAUCAAGUCAACAUUAAUGACAUUUCUACAUGAAAUUAUAAUACAUUUAAAAAAUUAAAAUGUUUGAUGGCAUAAGUACUUUUGCCUUAAUAAUUUAUGUUAUUCUUUUGCUGAUUGCACUGUUGGUGCUUACUUUCGUAGUGUUGCUUGUUCACUCUGGUCUUUUCACAUCUGUUGAUGAUGUCGGGACGGGAAAACCACCCAUAGGGCAGGCUAUUAUUGCUUACAGAUUUCAGAAAGGACCCUACAAUCAAGCAGGUCAAAUAUUCACAGAAGCAGCUUUGAUUGCACCCGAUAAUAAAGCUUUGGGAAUAUAUUAUGAUGAUCCAAAUAAGGUUGACUCCUAUAACCUGCGCUAUGUUGUUGGAUCUAUUCUGAGUGAAGGAAAUGCACCAGUGGAUGAAGAGAUGGUCAAGAAAUUCACUGACAAAGAAUUCAAAAUUCUCCAUCUGCCUGAGGUAUCGUAUGCUGUUCACACCCAGUUUCCACAUAUAACGACAUUGUCUAUUCUUAUUGCAACAAACAAAGCGUAUCCUAGGCUUAAAGAAUAUAUUGAGGAACGCAAACUGUGUGCCUAUCCGUUUAUUGAGUAUUAUGAUGGCAAAGUAAUUCAUUUCAUGGCGCCCCUGUCCAAACAAGAGGAGUUCUUUGUGCCUGAGUGUGAGCAGGAAGCUGGAGGAGACCAGCCAUCUACUGAGUGUGAGUCUACGAUGCUAAGCACUAGUCAGUCCAGCGAGGAGGAUUACAACCAGCAGGACGUGACCCAAACUUCCGUUGAUGACGAUUCAGAGAAAAAUGAGGAGGCUGAGCCAGUUCAGGAGCAGGCCAAUGGUGAUGCCGAGUGUAUCCAGAAGGUAGCAGAUUGUAAUGCUGAAGCUGCUGGGAAUGAAAACAACAGCUGCCUGAAGGCUACUGAAGAUGAUCAAGGAUCUGAUGAUUCAUCCUCGUCUUUUGAACUGCUGAAACAUGACAUUGCUGAAUAAGUACUGCGCGUCAGCUCUUCUGCUUGAUGAGCUUAAGUGCUGACAUUUCAGCAGUUGUAUGUGCUUGAUAAAGUUUUUUAUUUUUAUCUUGCUACAAUAGAAAAGAGCAAAAGGUGUGUUUUGCUUGUAAAAAGCAUGUUAAGUACUUGAGUAAAUUAUUGGUCAUGCAGUCAUAUUGUCUUUCAGUAAAGCCAUAUUUGAUAUGUUUCAGAGAAAGUUUAGAAUAUUACUUGUAAAAGUUUUUUUAUAGAUAAGAUACUUUUUUGAAAAUUCCGUUGUUUUAAAUUUAAAUGAUCAUUGAGAUACCCAGAGAGUAGAAGGGAUGUCGGACAUUUAUUUUCUUUUUUUUUAAUUGAUUACCUUAAAAAAAACUGUACUUUUUAUGCAAGUUAUUGCGGUAAAAAUUAUAUUCUUAGUCAAAGUUUUAAGCACCAUCUACACAUGAUUAAUAGAAUGUUGGAAUACUUCCUAAUGUUUACAGUCAAUCUCUGUCUAUCAAAGCUGAUGUUGCUGUUUGUCAAGGCUUUACAAUUGUUUGGUGCACACAUUUAAAUGUUGUCUAAAUACAGACUAGUAUCUACUGUAACUGUGUAUAAUUAUGACAAGCAUUCCAUACAUACAAAAUUUUAUUUCAUUUCAAACUCAAGUAGAAGUUGUGACAUUUUAUUUUAUUUUGCUCCAUACUAUUGAUAUAGCACAAGAUUUGGUCAGUCUAUUUGUUUAAUCAGAGUUUUGGUGGAUUUUAGAUACAUUUUUAUUAUUUUAAACUAUGGUGCUGCCCAUAAGUUUCUAUUGAAUUUCUAAAUUAGGAUCACACUUUUACUGAGAUUAAAUAGAAAAAAAAAAUUUUUUCGGAUCCUUGCUAAAAACAACUAGGCUGACAUUGAUGUCUUUAUGUUGUACUUUCCACUUAAAUCCACUUCAUCAUCAGUGUGUUUUACCUCAGGUCUCAUUUCUAGAUUUUCUCCCUUUGACAAUUUUGUUUGGAGAAAUCAAUACUGUUGAUAUUCACUGCACUCACAAAAAUUAGAUUAUCACUACCUAAUCAAGGGAGAUCACUAUAAAUUAAAUAUAAAAUUCAGAGAGUAGUUUUUACUUUUUGUUAGCUGUAACGAAAGGGGAAAAAAAAGUUUUUUUUUAACUGUAAGACUUGAAAUAAAAUAAUAUGUGAUUCAAAUUUCCAAUGUUUAAAACCCUGUAACCAAGGGUUGCAGUAUGUAUACCUACACUAACCCAGUGAGAUUUGUUUGUUGCCAUUGUAGAAAUUUGCUUCUCACUUUGUAUUGUCCCAGAGUGCUGCUGUUAAUAAGAUUUGUUGGUACUGUUUUGUUUACUGCCAUUAUGCUGCAAAAUAAUCUCAACAAAUUCUAUUCUCAUCUUGUCUAUGAUUAAAAAAAAAUUUGAAAAUUGUGUUUGCAAAUACAAUAAUAUUUUGGAUUAGCAGUGUGUGUUUUUCAAAUUUAAAACUACUUGUCAUUGUUUAUCUAGUGCCUGUAUCACUAGAGCUCAUCUACUUAAUUUAAUGACACUGGAUGUAAACAUCAAGCAAAUAUUUAAUCCAGACCAAAUUAGUAAGGUAAAUAUCUAACAUUGGCUAAUAUCACAUGCGUUCAUAUUUUAAUGCACCCAACUUGUGUUUCAGUGUUUAGACAGACCAACAUCCCAUCAUUUUAAAUUACAAGAAAACUUGUCUUUCAGUUUUUUUUUGUUUUUUUUAAAUACCGUAAUGCUUUUUAAAAAUCAUUUUAGAUUACUAUUUAUUUUAUGUGCAUUUCUAAGUGGAUAUUAAAAUUAUUUGAUUACAGUU